AUGUGGUUCCUACCACCAGUGGUCUGCUUCGAUAAUAAGCUUCAUUCCCAAGAGCCAGUCAUCUACAGGGCAAAGCGUAUGGAUGAAGAUGCUGCUCAGAUCUUUCAGGUUGAACUGUUCGAAGAGAACAUUAAGACGAUUCAUGAGCAAUUCGAAUUCACAAAGAAGGUGAUCUUCACUCAAGAGGAUAGGCAAACUUUCAAUGCAAAGAUGUCGUUGUCGGCUCUUCCAUCGCCAAAGACGAAGACAAAACUUGUAUCAGAUAAUCCAGUCUAUUGUGGAAUGAGCAUCCUCGAUAUCAACAAGACACUGAUGUAUGACUUCCUCUAUAACUACAUCAAAGAGAAGAAUGGAGAUCGUGCAAAGCUUCUAUUUACAGACACUGACAAUCUCACGUAUGAGAUUGAAACUAAAGACUUUUACAAGGAUAUGGGUGAAGGUGUUGAUGACAAUAAGGAGACANCAGGCAGAAGCAGGGGUAGAGGAAGGGGGAGAGGAAGAGGGCGUAGCAGUAGCCACCAUGGAAGCUAUCCUCAUCCUAGAUCACACUUAGCUGGUGAUGAUGAUGAUGAUGAUGACAUAGACAUGGAUGAAGGAAGCCAAAGAUCUCAAUCAAGAUACAAUCCUUACAACAGAAGACCUCCGUCUCGUCGUGGAGACAGAGGAAGUAAUAGAGGUGAUGUAAGGUCUAGAUUAGGGGCAGUCCCUGAUAGAGCUGCUGGAACUCAAGGAAAUAAGUCGGACUGGCAUAAAGUUGUGCCCCACCCCAAAACCAAACCAAUAAUUUUCCUGUUCGUGAAGUUCAUGAUGGCAGUAGUAGAGGUGGUGAUUCAUUAGAUGAUGCCACAAAACAAGUAUUGAGGGAGUGUCUCAGUAAACGUUAUGAUAAUAUGGCAAAAGCACUCGACCUCUCUGAUUUGUUUCACGAUGAAGUGCUAAAUUCAAAUAAUGUACAAGGAGUACUGUCAAGAUAUUGGCUGGCAUCAGGAAUUGUGAAAAUUAUUGGAGAGAACUGCCCUGAGGUUCAGUCACUUGACUUAAGUAACAAUCGCCUAAAGAGCUUGGAUGGUUUUAAGGACCUUGCAAAGGAAACAUCAAACUUAAAGCAUAUCAAGAUCUCCAAUAAUCAAUUAAGAGCUGUAGAAGAACUGGACAAGAUAAAGUCCUUGAGUCAGCUCCAAACCAUUGCACUUGAUGGCAAUCCUCUUUGCGAUAUAUUUCAAGACAAACAAAGUUCGUAUACCAGUUUUUUUGGUGAUCCUGCAGUUAAGGACCUGGUGCUAAAAUUCAUUGACCAAUAUUUUAAGAUUUAUGACACAGACAACAGACAAGGCCUUCUAGAAGCUUACCAUGAUCAGGCAAUAUUUUCCAUGUGUGUCAAUACAGAAGCAUUAGUGAAGGAUCGCGGUGGUCAAAGGGCUCCUUCACUUGGUGACUACAUGAAGAACAGCCGAAACUUGAAAAGAGUCACAGAUCCAGAGCGUCGAAGCAGUUUCUUAAAGCACUCAAGACUCUCUGUUGUUGCAUUUUUGAAUGAGCUGCCCAGCACCAAGCAUGAUUUGUCAAGUUUUACUAUUGAUGUGAGUCUGGCCCUGCCUUCCUGCUUGUCAUUUGCAGUCAGAGGAUUGUUCUUAGAGAAUUCAAAAACAUGGAGGUCUUUUACAAGAGUAUUUCUCGCUGUUCCUGCUGCCAGCGGAAAGGCGUUGAGUAUAAUAAAUGAUGAACUUCACAUUAGCCACGCUUCAACAUCUCAAGUUCAGGCUGCUGAGAGUGCGAUUGCCACAAACAGCACUGCAACGUUACAAGUCAAUGCGGCUGUUCCUGGUUUGUCAUCAGCAACUCCACAGCAGCAGCAGAUGAUUCUCCAGUUUGCAGAGCGGUCUACAAUGAACUUAGAGUGGUCAUACAAGUGCCUGUCUGAAUAUAAUUGGAACUUUGAGAAAGCUGCAAUGGCGUUUUCUUCAUUAAAGGAGAGUGGGAGGAUUCCGCCCGAAGCUUUUGUGAAAUGACUCGAAUCAGUUAUGCAAAAUAAUGAGCUUUAGAAAAUUUAUUCAGAGCUGUAGAGUAGAUUCACAGUUUUCAUUUCAACUAACAAUUCCUUUGCCAUCGUUCAGGGUAUUGGUUACUGCUCUGAACUUUACGCUUUUAAGUCUGUCGCAGUUGUUGAUGCAGUUUUUAAGUUGUGAAUUCUGGGUCGCUGGAUUUUCUACAUUGAUAUCCUUGUACAUAAUUUCCUCACAAAGUCCGUGUUAGCCCAAUAAUAGCGUUCAGAACAGCGUAUUUUACUUGUUAACAUUCGGAAAUAGACUUUUUAGAACAUUUUACUACAUCUACGACUGUUUUUGUUUUUUUUUUUUUUUUCAAGUAAUUAUUGUUAACCAGAGCCUUAAAUGAACCACUCACCGCUAUUUAAGAUGGCCGCAGUAAACACCUUUUGAUGUUAUUGUGAAGAAUGUCGAAAUAAUGAAAGAAUAAAUUGAUAACGAAGUGA